AUCAUCAACCUAACUACACACAAAAUACUCAGAUCUCUCUUUCGUAAAAAUAUUUAAAGAGAAAAAACUUAAGGAGUCAACAUUAAUGGAGAAUAUGAGAAACGCCGGCGAAGAAAACGAUUCUCACAGGAUCCCAUUUACCUUCUUUGAUCAAUCUUCACUAACGAUUCCUAUCUUGAAGUUUUUUGGUCUCGACUAUUCUUCUUCUUCAUCAUCAUCAUCUGGUGGUCUUUGUUCUUCAUCUCACAGCGAGGAAGAUGAAGGUAUGGUUAUAAAGGAGGAGGAGGAGGAGGAAGAUGAUAUGACCGUUGAACUUAAAACCACAACGCAGCUGUUGCAGAAGAGUAGGCCCAAGCCUCCCACAAGCUCUGUACGGGUGGGGGGGACGUUAAAAUCACGCAAGAAAGGACGACAGGAAAAGGAAGAGAGAGAGUCACACUCGAGAAUGAGGAAGACAGCGAAGAAGAAGGGAGGUUCGCGCGGAGGCCGUAAAGCUGGUUCUACUUCGUCGGCGACUAAGAACGAUGAUGCGGUGGUAGAGACCUCGACGCAGGAGACUCAGCCUACUCAGGAGACUCAGUCUACUCAGGAGGCAGAGGAAACGGAAGCUAAGGUGGAAUCCCCGCAGCCUGAUAAGGAGGGAGAUCACGCAGAAGAGGCGAAAGAGAAUCGGGAGGAGGAAGCGGCGAAGGUUGAUUCUAAGCCUGCGGAUGAAGGUGAUAAAGAAGAAGAGGCCAAAGACGAUCAGGAGGAGGAAAAAGAAGAGGCCAAAGACGAUCAGGAGGAAGAAGCGAGAGAGGAUCAGAAGAUGGAUGAAAGUGCGAGCCAAAAGGAGGAGGGGAAGGGUGCGUCUUCUUCACCAUUGCAGCUUCGUCGUGGGAAGCGUAAGAGAGUUACAAAGACGGAAUCGGAGAAGAAAACCACUCCGAGAGCCAAGCGAGCCAAAGCAACCAAGGCGCAAGAGGAUGAGCCUGAGUACUUCAAGGAGAAGCGUAAUCUGGAGGAUUUGUGGAAGGCUACAUUUCCAGUGGGAACGGAGUGGGACCAACAGGAUGCACUUAGUGAAUUCAACUGGGAUUUUACAAAUCUUGAAGAAGCGCUGGAGGAAGGUGGAAAGCUCCAUGGGAAGAAAGUCUAUAUUUUUGGCUGCACUGAGUCUCACUCACUCCCUUACAAAAAUAAAAACAAGGAUGUCCUUGUUCCUGCUGUCGUUUGUAUCGAAUCAUCUAUUCCCCCUUCUGAUAAGAUAGGAGUUGCAUCAGUUCAAGGAGAGGUUGGGGAAAUCAUUCCAAUGAAAACUAUGAAAAUGGCUUGGGUUCCUUACGUCCCACUUGAAAAAAGGGAUAGAGAAGUUGAUAGGAUGAACUUUCAAAUUUUCGUCUUGAGCUGUAGUCAGAGAAGGUCUGCUCUCAAACACUUGAAGGACGAUCGCGUUAAAAAAUUCAACUAUUGCCUUCCUUACAUCAACAACCCAUUUAAGGUAGAUGAAUCUGAUCAGAGCACUGUGGUUCAAAUAAUGUUCCCUUCUGAGCCACCAGUUGAAUGUGAAUAUGACUGGGUGAAAAGCGACAUUGAGGAAUUCACCGACAAUCUGAUCAAAGAGGAGACAUUACUCCCGGGACAGAAGGAUGAGUUCGAGGAGUUUGUUAAAGGGCAAAGUGACAAAGCUAAGAAAGCUUAUGAAGAGGCACAAGAAGCCCGAGAGAAAGAAAAGAUAGGACUGAGCUUAGAAACCAAAAAAGCCUACGAAGAAAUGAAGUUGUACAAGUUUUAUCCAUUGCCUUCACCAGACACACCCGACACUGCAGGAAUCAAGAAGUCCCCGAUCAUAAACAGGUACUUCGGGAAGGCUCACGAAGUCCUAUAAUCAUUUCUCCAAAACCUAGGAACCUUUUUGUUUCGGCAAAACAUUAUGAACAACUGAAUACCAAAGAAACCACUUUGGGAUGGUUUAGGCUC